AUGACCGGACGAGGAAAAGGUAAAGCCCAGGGCACCAAGUCAAAGACUCGUUCUUCCAGGGCAGGUCUACAGUUUCCUGUUGGUCGCAUCCAUCGCCUUCUUCGUAAAGGCAACUACGCUGAACGCGUCGGAGCCGGUGCUCCCGUGUACUUGGCUGCCGUACUUGAGUAUCUGAGUGCUGAGAUCCUCGAGUUAGCAGGAAACGCAGCACGCGACAACAAGAAGUCAAGAAUCAUUCCUCGUCACCUCCAGUUGGCUGUGCGAAAUGACGAAGAAUUAAACAAACUCCUUGCCGGUGUCACCAUCGCUCAAGGCGGUGUUCUUCCCAACAUUCAGGCAGUAUUACUACCUAAAAAAAGACAGAGAAGAAACAACACUAAGCGACGGCAACAACCAUAAAUACAAACGGCUCUUUUAGGAGCCACCAAGUCUAGAAUAAAGUCAUGACCAAAUCACGAUAUAAAUUUGUAAUCUACCCCCCAAAUAGUAUUCGCCGUCUAAGUUUGGGGUUAAUAACUCGAUCGAUACUUAGCCACAAAUAAUUAUGUCUCGCGGAAACUCGCUAUUUCUAUUUGUUUUUGCAUGGUUCCAUGUUGCUAGUUUUGUUCAUAAAUGCGUAUACCAAAGCAUAUUUAGCGCUAUUUCGGCUAUCGCAUGUAAGAAACAAACAACAGCAACCACAGCAUUGCUUGAAAACUGAAACCAGUCUUAGGUCAGUUUAGCUCGGUGUAACAUGAAUUUAAAGACUGAUGUGAUUAUAUCAUGAAAGUUGAAAUUGCGUUUGCUUUCUAUGCAGGUUUCAUUCGCGCUGUUUCCAACAGGUUUUUAUACGAACUUCGAGGUACAUACCAAGCGACAAUCGAACAACUUUCUGCUCUUUUUAAACGAGUACACAAUUAAUCGCAUUCCUACCAACCGGGAACAAACAUUGCUGCUACUACUGAGCUUGAAAUGUUGUUUUCUUUGCCUAAAAAUUACAAGAGAUCGUCGUGAUUUCCUUCGGUACACAAGCUGUUUACGUAAAAUAAACUAACACAGUUAUAAACCGUCGUCGGUAACGACACAAACCAGCUUGCUCUCUUAAUUCUGCCACAACAACAACGUACAACAACAGUUUAUUCACUAACUAAUUAAAGACAAAAGCUUUACAGUAUUGUAUGCCCCGCAAAGAGCUAUGAGGCUAAUCUAGACGGGAAAAAAAUAAUUUCCCUGUAUAAGUAACGACUGCGCUGCUGUAAAGUCACUAAAAAAGAAAAAACUGGCGUGGACGCACCCAGUAAAUAAAGCGCUGAAUCGAUUUCAGGUGUAUGUUGACUUGUUGAUAUGUAUAUAAACCUUCAGCAAUGAUCGUAAUGAAAACAAAUUCUCUUAUCACGUAUUGGUCAGAGCUUUUCAUACAUUUGUUGGCUCUAAAAGAGCCGUUGGUUUAAGUGUUGAUCAGGGAUUACAGUGUAUUCUAACCCCCAAAACCGUACAGAGUACGUCCUUGUCGUUUCAGAGCGUAUACUACGUCCAUGGCUGUAACGGUCUUACGCUUGGCGUGCUCGGUGUAGGUCACGGCAUCGCGGAUAACGUUCUCAAGGAAAACUUUCAGAACACCGCGUGUCUCCUCGUAGAUCAGUCCAGAAAUUCGCUUUACACCCCACGGCGAGCGAGACGACGGAUCGCUGGCUUGGUAAUUCCUUGGAUAUUAUCGCGUAGAAUCUUACGAUGA